AUGCUCACUAGGGAUAGGCUGAGAGGGUGGGGAAUUCAGGUUUCGCCUCUUUGCCUAUUGUGUAAUGUGCUUCAUGAAUCUCGUCAGCAUCUGUUCUUUGAUUGCGCCUACAGUAAGGAAAUCUGGUCUUCCUUUACGACAGCGGCAAAUCUCAAUGCUCCUCCUCUUUUUGAAGACUCUAUCAUUUGGAUCACCCAUUCCACUUCUGAUAAGAACGUGAAAACUAUCCUCAAAAUCUUAUUCCAUGCCUCGGUUUAUUUCAUCUGGAAGGAAAGAAACGCUCGCCUCCACACGAAUGUUGCUCGUUCUCCCUCUUCGGUUCUGCAGGAUAUCAAAGGGUUACUCCGUAGGAAGCUCGAUCCUAUGUCUAGAGCUCAAAGGAACUCUCCUUCAACGGUCUCCUUUCUAACAACUUGGUUCUCUGUUUUUCAGGUUCAUUAG